CGUCGUGACCCCGCCCCGUCGCGGUGGAGCCGCCGUCGCGCAGGUGCCGCGGGGGCUGUGGGGCCCGGGCCUGGCGGAGCGGGGCCCGGAGCGGCCGAGCAGCUCCAAGAAGCAUCGGAGUGAAGGCAGGAGCAGCUGAGCCUUGGGAGAAGGUACUGCCGCUGCUUGUUGGAUGGGUUUGGAAGCUCUGGCCAUGGAUCAGAAAGGCUAUCGGCGGGGGAGUUUCCAGAGCAGCACCAGUGAUGAAGAUAUGCUGGAAAUAGCAGGAGCAUCUCUGGACUUCUCCGUGGCAGACGAUGAUCCACCGCUCUAUAGGGAGAUGGGAGGAUUUUCCUCGUAUAAUGGAGGAGGGAUGAACGGCACAAGCACCAUAAUGGAUUUCCUGGAGGAACCUCUUCCUGGUGUGGGCACUUACGAAGAUUUUAACACAAUAGAUUGGGUGCGAGAGAAGUCCAGGGACCGGGACAGGCACAGAGAGAUCACCAGUAGAAGUAAAGAGUCCACGUGGGCACUGAUACACAGCGUGAGCGAUGCCUUUUCCGGCUGGUUGUUGAUGCUCCUCAUUGGGUUGCUGGCAGGUUCCUUAGCGGGGCUGAUCGACAUUUCCGCGCACUGGAUGACGGAUUUGAAGGAAGGCGUGUGCUUAGCAGGCUUCUGGUUCAACCACGAGCACUGCUGCUGGAAGUCCAACACAACCUUUAUGGACAGAGACAAGUGUCCCGAGUGGAUGAGCUGGUCCGAGCUGAUCCUUGGCCAUGGAGAGGGGGCUUUUGCGUAUAUUCUCAACUACUUCAUGUACGUUACCUGGGCCUUGUUAUUCUCCCUUCUCGCUGUGUUACUUGUGAAGGGGUUUGCUCCUUACGCCUGUGGCUCAGGGAUCCCAGAGAUCAAAACUAUCUUAAGUGGUUUCAUCAUUAGAGGCUACCUGGGCAAGUGGACGCUGAUCAUCAAAACCAUCACCUUAGUGUUGGCGGUGUCGUCUGGGCUGAGCCUGGGCAAAGAGGGGCCCCUGGUGCACGUCGCCUGCUGCUGUGGAAACAUCUUGUGUCAUCUCUUCACCAAAUACAGGAAGAACGAAGCGAAGCGCAGAGAGGUUUUAUCAGCAGCUGCAGCUGCUGGUGUGUCUGUAGCUUUUGGUGCACCCAUCGGAGGAGUCCUCUUUAGUCUGGAAGAGGUGAGUUACUACUUCCCUCUCAAGACGCUGUGGCGCUCCUUCUUUGCUGCUCUGGUCGCCGCGUUUACCCUGCGCUCCAUCAACCCUUUUGGGAACAGCCGCCUGGUUCUCUUCUACGUGGAGUUUCACAUGCCGUGGCACCUUCUGGAGCUUGUGCCGUUCAUCAUUUUGGGAAUAUUUGGUGGGCUUUGGGGAGCUUUCUUCAUUCGCAGCAACAUCGCCUGGUGCAGGCGGCGCAAGACGACGAAGCUGGGUAAAUACCCCGUGCUGGAGGUGUUUGUCGUGACUGCGAUCACGGCCGUUCUGGCCUUCCCCAACGAGUACACCAGAAUGAGCACCAGCGAGCUGAUUUCUGAGCUCUUCAACGACUGUGGAAUUUUGGACUCUUCCAAGCUCUGCGAGUACGUGAACGAUUUCAACAGCACCAAAGGGGAUGACCUGCCAGACCGAGCUGCUGGCCCCGGAGUUUACACAGCCAUGUGGCAGCUGGCUUUGGCCCUUAUAAUGAAAGUCUUCAUCACGAUCUUCACCUUUGGCAUGAAGGUGCCCUCGGGUCUCUUCAUCCCCAGCAUGGCUGUGGGGGCCAUUGCAGGCAGGUUGCUCGGAGUAGCCGUGGAGCAGCUGGCCUAUUACCACCAUGACUGGGCCAUCUUCAGCGGCUGGUGCAGCCAGGGAGCCGACUGCAUCACUCCUGGCCUCUACGCAAUGGUGGGGGCUGCGGCAUGUCUGGGUGGGGUGACCCGAAUGACUGUGUCACUAGUGGUCAUUAUGUUUGAGCUCACGGGGGGACUGGAGUACAUUGUUCCUCUGAUGGCAGCAGCCAUGACCAGCAAGUGGGUGGCUGACGCCAUUGGGCGGGAAGGCAUUUACGACGCACAUAUUCGCCUCAACGGAUACCCUUUCUUGGAAGCCAAGGAAGAGUUCUCACACAAGACACUUGCGAUGGACGUAAUGAGGCCACGGAGGAAUGAUCCUCCUCUGACUGUCAUCACUCAGGACAGCAUGACCGUAGAAGAUGUUGAGAGCAUCAUCAAUGAAACCACGUACAGUGGCUACCCGGUGGUGGUGUCACGGGAGUCCCAAAGGCUGGUUGGGUUUGUCCUCAGGAGAGACCUCAUCAUUUCAAUUGAAAAUGCCCGGAAGAAGCAGGAUGGGAUUGUGAGCACUUCAAUUAUUUAUUUCACUGACCACUCUCCUCCGCUGCCUCCAAGCUCCCCCUCUAUGCUGAAACUCAGGAGCAUCCUGGACCUCAGUCCUUUCACAGUGACAGACCAAACACCCAUGGAAAUCGUCGUGGAUAUAUUCCGCAAGCUGGGGUUGCGCCAGUGCCUGGUUACUCACAACGGGAAGCUACUUGGGAUCAUUACUAAAAAGGAUGUAUUAAAGCACAUUGCACAGCUGGCUAACCAGGACCCAGACUCUAUACUCUUCAAUUAAAGGCAGACUAGUAGGUAUUGUGUGUUCAACACAAAAGAAACUUUAUAGAUAAUAACUGGAUAUACUUUCCUAUUUUUAUUGAGACCAUGGAACUGUUUUCAGCGUUUCGUUCCAUGGAGCUGAAGAAGAUAAUUUUUUUCUACCAGAUAACCAAUUGCACUACAUAAUCUGUGGAACAUUAUCUUCUUUUUAGAAGAAAAAAAAAGACUUUAUUUACAUUGCUUUUGUGAAGUUGCAUUGGAAAGAUUCCAUGAAGGAGUAAAAGCGAAAUGCUAUAGAACUGUAUCUCCUCUUCUUAUUUUAUUUGAACUCUUGCUACUAACAUGGGGAGGAAAAGACAAGGUCUGUACCUUCAGGCGUUUUGAAGGAGAAGGAUGAUUUUGCACACAGCAUUCAGGUGGUGGCAGAAAGAUACGAUUGUAACUCAGGGGUGGUGUAUUCUCAAUGAGCCACUUGGUAAAAAUAAGAAUCUUGUAAAGUUGAAACUGGGGGCGGGGGGCGGGGGGCGGAAAUUUGGCCAACUGAGGAUGUUUUGCUGAAAGAAUGAAAAGAGUCCACAAAACCAAACCCCCAGCAGACCAGAUCUCUUUAAAACCGGGCCCAGCAUCUGAUUGGGAAGAAGCUUGUUUUGAUUAAUCUUCUGUGAAUGUAUUUAAUUACUGUGAUGCGGCCUUGCCAGGAGAACCCCGAGGAGGCAGGAGGAGUUAACGGUUGUAUUCUCAUCAUGAUCCCUUUUUUUAGAUCUAUGCCUAAAGAUUUCUUCUUGAUUUCCCUCAAGUACGUAAUGGCAAAGUCCUGAGUUACUGCCCCACCUUUACUGCACUUCCCGGUGAGUUCUGAUUGUGUUAGAUGUUGCACAAGUGACCUCUUCCUCACUCAGCAGUGUCUUAGGUGUCCUCCCGGAGAGCCCUGCGCCCGGGACGUUUACACGGCUGCGUGUGCUGCUCCCAGCCCAGGCCGGAUCCUGGCUCUAGGACUGACCGCACCGCCGCUUUCUGUCCGGUGUCUCUCCUUUUGCCAAUAACUAUGCAAUAAAACCCCUUCCUGACCACUGUUGGCCACACAACUCGUUCCACGUCUGUGCUCCUCAAGUCCCUGUCCCAGAUCUUACCAAAUUAUUUUCCUGUGAAUAAAGUUGUGACCGUUUACUGGA